CGGUGAUUAGGCGGAGAGUUCCGUUUGGUAACCUAAGUUUAAACAGGGGGCGGGAUGAUGUGAUUUAAAAAUUCGUUCAAGCAUCGAUCCGACGAUGGCCUCUCAGAACAUGGACCCCGCCGCCUCAACAGCAGCUCUGAAGGGCAGCGAGACGAGUACAAGUGUGUCGAAAGGAUCCGUCUCUAAAAGGCUUCAGCAAGAGCUGAUGACGCUAAUGAUGUCAGGAGACAAGGGUAUUUCAGCGUUUCCAGAGUCUGACAAUCUCUUCAAAUGGAUCGGCACAAUAGAUGGAGCUCAAGGAACGGUUUAUGAAGGUUUGAGGUACAAACUUUCACUGGAGUUUCCUAGCGGCUACCCCUACAACGCCCCUCGGGUGAAAUUCGUCACUGCUUGCUUCCACCCGAAUGUUGAUGAGAACGGUUUCAUCUGCCUAGACAUUUUGAAGGACAAGUGGUCCGCACUUUAUGACGUUCGCUCCAUACUGCUGUCCAUCCAGAGUCUACUAGGCGAACCCAACAAUGAUAGUCCGAUGAACACUGCAGCUGCUGAACUAUGGGAUGACCAGGAAGCCUUCAAAGCCCAUUUGCACGCAACCUACAAGAAUUGAACAAAUGUCUGCCUCUUGUUUUACCUCUUCAUAUACAUAAUGUCAAUGUUCUGUAAUGUCUUUGUGUAUAUUAUUUCUGUGUUGCCUUAAUAAAAUGCUGAAUGAAAUGUGCCUACUUAUUAGAAUAAAAAAAAAAAAAGGUUGGAAAUUA